AAAAAAAAUUGAAAUUUUCUUUCAUCUCCCGCCCAAACAAAACACAGCUCUCAACGUUGAAACAAAACACAGCUCACACAGCCUCUCACACAGCCUACACUCACCCAUUCCCUCCGUCGAACCCACCCUCACCGACGACCCAAUACCGGCAGCGACCCACUAUUGACAUCGUUAUCCGAACUCAUGGUAGUAGUAGCUAUGCUUUUGGGUGUCUCUGUUUCAUCUCCUCCGUCAACAUCAACAUCAACAUCAGGAUCAGGAGCAUCAGGAUCAGCUUAUGAAAAUCAGCAACAAUCGCAGAGGUCAUGGUGGAAAUCAAUGUUUUCUUCGUCGGUCGUCAACCCAGUUGGGUCCUCUGUUGUUCUCCCAAUCUAUGGCAAUGUUUAUCCCCAUGGAUUUUAUCACGUUCAGCUCAACAUAGGGCAGCCAUCAAAGCCCUACUUUCUCGAUCCCGACACUGGCAGUGACCUCACUUGGCUUCAAUGUGAUGCGCCUUGUGUUCAUUGCACUAAGGUUUAAAAAAAAUUAAUCAGUUUUUUCAUUUUUUCAUUUUUGCAACUUUUUGUAUUUUUAGAAUUCAAUUACAUAACCAUGCUUGAGCAUAUUAGAAUUCAAAUGGCAUGAUGAAUUUUAGCUCUGUAUGAUCUACAAAAUGCCAUGUUGUGCUAAACUAGAAACAAAGGCUUUCAAUUCCAAGCUUCAUGAUAAGAUAAUUGCAUCGAAAUAAGCAUAUUAUAUUAUAAGGUCCUAUGGUUUUACAGGGCACUUGGACAGGCAUCACCCGACAUCUCUGCGUUCAUCCGAGCAAAGACAGCUGCUUAUCCCAUAUUUGAGAUGAUAGAGCGAAACACAAUAAGCAAAACGAGCUUGAAAACCAGUAGGAAACUAGUCAAUCAUGAAGGCCAUAUCCAAUUCAAGGACGUAUGCUUUAGCUACCCAUCUCGUCCUGAUGUUAUGAUAUUCAACAAGCUGUGUCUUGACAUACCUUCUGGGAAGAUUGUAGCCCUUGUGGGAGGAAGAUUGUAGCCCU